CGGGGCGGGGCGCAGGCGGCAGGCUGGGCGCUGCGGUCCCCGCGGUCCCCGCACACAACUUGCCGCCGGCCGCGUGGCGCAGCGGGCUCGGCAGCAGCAGCGGCUGGGCUAGGCCGCGGGAAGGGUUACGGCAAGACCGGAGCGCAGCCACUGAACGUGCGGGGAGGUGCCCCGCGGGUGGGCGGUCUAAGCGCGACACGUGGUUAGGGACGAAGCCGGCAGCAGCAUGGCGCAGUUAACGGCACGGUUCCGCACCGAGAACCGCAGGUACGCAGUGGAGGAUGUGCCCUUCUCGGUGCCCGCGGCCUCCGAGACCACCGACCUCAGCCAUCUCAUCAACAAGCUGCUGGCGGCCGGCAACGUGGAUCACAAAUAUGUGGAAUUUGACUUCCUCAUCAAUGGCCAGUUCUUGCGUAUGCCGCUGGUCACGCACAUGGAAAUGGAAAAUAUCUCCACAGAAGAAGUGGUGGAAAUAGAAUAUGUGGAGAAAUAUAUGGCCCCUCAGCCAGAAGAAUGCAUCUUCCAUGAUGACUGGAUCAGUUCUGUUCAAGCCACUGAAGAAUGGAUAUUAACUGGCUGCUACGACCAGACCGCUCGAAUCUGGUCUUUGGAAGGAAAGUCUGUCAUGACAAUAGCUGGGCAUACAGAAGUAGUGAAGGAUGCGGUAUGGGUGAAGCAAGAUAGUUUAUCCUGCCUGUUACUCAGUGCUUCUAUGGACCAAACUGUGCUGCUAUGGGAGUGGAAUGUGGAGAAGAACAAAGUGAAAGCUCUUCACUGCUGCAGGGGACAUGCUGGAAGCGUAGACUCCAUAGCUGUUGAUAGCACAAGAACUAAAUUCUGCAGUGGAUCCUGGGAUAAGAUGCUAAAGAUCUGGUCUGCAGUACCUACAGAUGAAGAGGAUGAAUUGGAAGAGGCAGCUAAUAGACCACGGAAGAAGCAGAAAACUGAACAGUUUGGACUAACAAGGACACCCCUGGCAACCCUCUCUGGCCACACAGAAGCUGUUUCCUCUGUGCUGUGGUCAGAUGCUGAAGAAAUUUGCAGUGCUUCAUGGGACCACACCAUUAAACUCUGGGAUGCUGAGACUGGAGAUCUCAAAUCAACUUUGACAGGAAACAAAGUGUUUAAUUCUGUGUCCUACUCACCCCUGUGUCGUCGCCUGGCAUCCGGAAGCACUGACAGGCACAUUAGACUCUGGGAUCCCCGCAGCAAAGAUGGCUCCUUGGUUCUCCUGUCUCUGACAUCUCACACAGGCUGGGUGACAUCUGUGAAGUGGUCACCUACCCACGAGCAUCAGCUGAUCUCUGGUUCUCUGGAUAACAUUGUAAAGCUGUGGGACACAAGAAGUUGCAAAGCUCCUCUGUAUGACUUGGCUGCUCAUGAAGACAAGGUUUUGUGUGUGGACUGGACAGAAGCUGGGUUGCUGUUGAGUGGAGGUGCAGACAACAAACUGUAUUGCUACAAAUACCCAGCUACGGCCUCUGAUGUUGGAGCAUGAAGGGCAACAAGCAGAAGAAGUCUUUUUAAAAAAGGUGUUUGCAGCAGUCACUGUUAGCAUCCCUCUGCACCAGCAGGAAAAGGAAGAUUUUUGUGCUCAGAGAGCCUAGGUUUUUGUAUUGGUAACUUCUACCUGUAUCUACCACAGAAAAACAGCAGCAAGCAGUUACAAAUGGAAUUAGUGUGAAACAAUAUUCCUUCCCUUUCUGAUCAGCUUUGAAUUAGCAUCUUUAAAUGACUAUUUGUAUAGCCUUUUGAGUAAUGAGUUCUGAUACUUACAGAAAAACUUACUCACUGGACUAAAUUAUUUUUUGUGUACCUCUUCUCUUGAAAAAAAAAUAAAGCUUUUAUCUACAGCUGCA